AUGGCUCGCCUGAGCUUCUUGUUCGUGAGCUGCUUGGCUCUGCUCACGAACCUGGUCAGCGCUGAGUCUGCUGUUCUCGACCUGAUCCCAAGCAACUUUGACAAGGUCGUCUUGAAGUCUGGCAAGCCUGCGCUGGUCGAAUUCUUUGCCCCUUGGUGUGGUCACUGCCGUAACCUUGCCCCGGUUUACGAGGAGCUCGCGCAGGCAUUCCAGUACGCGGAGGACAAGCUUGUCAUUGGUAAGGUUGACGCAGAUGAGCACAAGUCUCUCGGCAAGAAGUAUGGCAUCCAGGGAUUCCCCACGAUCAAGUUCUUCGAUGGAAAGAGCGACAAGCCCCAGGAAUACAAUGGUGGACGUGACCUGGAGAGCCUGUCGGCCUUCAUCACGGAGAAGACUGGCAUCAAGCCCCGUCUGCCUAAGAAGGAGCCCAGCAAGGUCGAGAUGCUGACGGACUCUUCGUUCAAGUCUGAGAUUGGAGGAGACAAGAACUUCCUCGUCGCGUUUACUGCCCCUUGGUGUGGACACUGCAAGAACCUCGCCCCCAUCUGGGAGAAGGUCGCCAAUGACUUUGCCCUCGAGCCGGAAGUUGUGAUCGCCAAGGUUGACGCCGAAGCCGAGAACGCGAAGGCUACGGCCAAGGAGCAGGGUGUCACGGGUUAUCCCACAAUCAAGUUCUUCCCCAAGGGCUCCAAGGAGCCUAUCAUCUACGAGGGUGCUCGCUCUGAGGAGGCUUUCGUUGAAUGGCUCAACGAGAAGACCGGCACCCACCGCACCGUCGGUGGUGGCCUCGAUGACAAGGCUGGCACCAUCCCCGCUCUCGACAGCGUCGUUUCGCAGUAUGCUCCCGCUCACAACUUCAACAAGCUGGUUGAUGAGAUCAAGAAGGCCUCCAAGAGCGUUCAGGAGAAGUACGCUCAGUACUACAUCCGAGUUACUGAGAAGCUCAGCGAGAGCGAUGUCUACGCUACCAAGGAGUACAACCGUCUGAAGAAGAUCCUGCAGAAGGGUGGCCUUGCUCCCGAAAAGGUCGAUGACAUUGUCGCCAGAAGCAACAUUCUCCGCCAGUUCCUCAGCAUCGACAAGCAGGAGAAGGACGAGUUGUAG